GGAGGGGCGGGGCCUGGCGGGCGGGGCCGGGCGCCGCUCCAGGCUGAGUCUCCCGGAGGCGGGCGGCAGGGACCGGGCGCGGCGGCGGCGGCGGCUUCGGCGGGAGCAGCAUGGAUUGGGGCACCGAGCUGUGGGAUCAGUUAGAGGUGCUCGAGCGGCACACGCAGUGGGGGCUGGACCUGUUGGACAGAUAUGUGAAGUUCGUGAAAGAGCGGACCGAGGUGGAGCAGGCUUACGCAAAACAGCUGAGGAGCCUGGUGAAAAAAUACCUGCCCAAGAGACCUGCCAAAGAUGACCCGGAAUCCAAGUUCAGCCAGCAGCAGUCCUUCGUGCAGAUUCUCCAGGAGGUGAAUGACUUUGCGGGUCAGCGGGAGCUGGUGGCCGAGAACCUCAGUGUCCGUGUGUGUCUCGAGCUGGCCAAGUACUCGCAGGAGAUGAAACAGGAGAGAAAGAUGCACUUCCAGGAAGGCCGUCGGGCUCAGCAGCAGCUGGAAAGUGGCUUCAAACAGCUGGAGAAUAGUAAGCGUAAGUUUGAGCGGGACUGCCGGGAGGCUGAAAAGGCAGCCCAGACCGCUGAACGACUCGAUCAGGAUAUCAAUGCCACCAAGGCGGACGUGGAGAAGGCCAAGCAACAAGCCCACCUUCGAAGUCACAUGGCAGAAGAAAGCAAAAAUGAGUAUGCAGCCCAACUACAGCGCUUCAACCGAGACCAGUCCCACUUCUAUUUUUCCCAGAUGCCCCAGAUAUUUGAUAAGCUGCAGGACAUGGAUGAGCGGAGGGCCACCCAUCUGGGGGCCGGGUAUGGGCUCCUGUCGGAGGCCGAGCUGCAGGUGGUGCCUAUCAUUGCCAAGUGUCUGGAGGGCAUGAAGGUGGCUGCAGACGCCGUAGACGCCAAGAACGACUCCCAGGUCCUCAUCGAGCUGCACAAGUCAGGCUUUGCCCGCCCUGGUGACGUGGAAUUCGAAGACUUCAGCCAGCCCAUGAACCGUGCGCCCUCAGACAGCAGCCUGGGCACCCCCUCCGAUGGACGGCCUGAGCUCCGCGGUUCGGGCCGUAGCCGUGCCAAGCGCUGGCCCUUCGGCAAGAAGAACAAGACCGUGGUGACCGAGGAUUUCAGCCACUUGCCCCCAGAGCAGCAGAGAAAACGACUUCAGCAGCAGCUGGAAGAACGGAAUCGUGAGCUACAGAAGGAGGUUGACCAGAGAGAAGCCCUGAAGAAAAUGAAGGAUGUGUAUGAGAAGACACCCCAGAUGGGGGACCCUGCCAGCUUGGAGCCCCGGAUCACGGAAACCCUGAACAACAUUGAACGACUGAAAUUGGAAGUGCAGAAGUAUGAGGCUUGGCUGGCAGAAGCUGAGAGCCGGGUCCUGAGCAACCGAGGGGACAGCCUGGGCCGCCACACCCGGCCUCCGGACCCCCCAGCCAGUGCCCCACCAGACAGCAGCAGCAGCAACAACAGUGGGUCACAGGAUAACAAGGAGAGCUCUGAAGAGCCCCUCUCCGAGGAGGGUCAGGAUGCCCCCAUCUACACGGAGUUCGAUGAGGACUUUGAGGAGGAGCUGGUGUCCCCCAUAGGUCACUGUGUGGCCAUCUACCACUUCGAAGGUGAGGACAGCUUGUGUCCCACUGCCCCUCCACGACAGGGUCCAGCGAAGGCACCAUCUCCAUGGCCGAGGGUGAAGACCUCAGUCUCAUGGAGGAGGACAAAGGCGACGGCUGGACCCGGGUCAGGCGGAAACAGGGAGGUGAGGGCUAUGUGCCCACCUCCUACCUCCGUGUCACGCUCAACUGAACCCUGCCGCAGGCUGGAAGAAGGGGGCUGUUGGCUGCUGCUUCUGGGCCACGGGGGGCCCCAGGACCUACGCACUUUAUUUCUGCCCCCGUGGCUUCAGCUGAGACCUGUGUAACCUGCUGCCCCCCAUCCCCCUCCUCAUCCCAGACAGACCCGCUGUGCCUUCCACCAUUGAUGUACAUACUCGUGUUUCAAGUCUUUUCUUCCUGAUGCUGGGCUAGGGCCAUUUUGUUUUAUAUAAAAAAUUCUAUAAAGCUU